UGACCAAAGAGGCCCCGUUGAAGCGACCAAAACUGAUUAAAGAACAAAGAGCACGGCUUUGUUAAUUCCAUCUGAAACGGAAAACGUAUUUCUCGCUCGUCACCUUUUCCUAGAAAUUACAAUUCCUUGCAAUCGAGUUUUCUCCUCCUCCUCUCCACUAUAUGUAUAUAUAUACAUGUGUAUAGAAUUCUCCCUCACUUUCGUCUUCUUAUCUCCGUGUUUGCGUUUUAGUGCUUUUUCGCUUUUAAUCUAAACAGAAAAUGGGACAAGCCCUAGGAUGUGUUCAAGUGGACCAGUCAACAGUUGCUAUCAAGGAAACCUUUGGGAAAUUUGAUGAUGUGCUUGAACCUGGUUGUCAUUGUUUGCCUUGGUGUUUGGGAAGCCAGUUAGCUGGUCACCUCUCUUUACGUGUGCAGCAGCUUGAUGUUCGAUGUGAAACCAAAACCAAGGACAAUGUGUUCGUUACUGUGGUUGCUUCUAUUCAAUACCGAGCACUGGCAGAAAAGGCUGCAGAUGCAUUUUAUAAGCUCAGUAAUACCAGAGCACAGAUCCAAGCCUAUGUAUUUGAUGUUAUUCGGGCAAGUGUUCCAAAGUUGGACUUGGAUUCAGCCUUUGAACAAAAGAAUGAUAUAGCAAAAGCUGUGGAAAAUGAGCUUGAAAAGGCCAUGUCACAUUACGGAUUUGAGAUAGUUCAGACUCUUAUUGUGGAUAUUGAGCCAGAUGAGCAUGUGAAGAGGGCAAUGAACGAGAUUAAUGCAGCUGCUAGAAUGAGGGUGGCUGCCAGUGAAAAAGCCGAAGCAGAGAAGAUAUUGCAGAUUAAGCGAGCUGAGGGAGAUGCAGAGUCAAAAUAUCUGGCAGGUCUUGGUAUAGCUAGGCAGCGCCAGGCCAUCGUAGAUGGGCUGAGAGACAGUGUUCUAGCUUUCUCCGAGAAUGUACCAGGGACCAGUUCGAAGGAUGUCAUGGACAUGGUUCUGGUGACACAGUACUUUGAUACCAUGAAGGAGAUUGGUGCAUCCUCAAAAUCCAGCUCUGUCUUCAUUCCUCAUGGACCCGGUGCUGUGAGAGAUAUUGCCACACAGAUCAGGGAUGGUCUGCUUCAGGCCAACUCGACUCGGUAGAAUCUAAAUUUUGUGAAGCAGUACUGUAGAGGGUUUUCUUCCACUUUUAUAAAGUACAGCUAGGCCCUGGGUUCAUUUCCUUUCCUUGGUGCAUUUUCUUCGUUUGAAGGAAAUUCUGGGGGAGGGGAGAAGUCCCAGGUGUCUUUUAAGUAAAUAAUCAAUAUGUAUGCUUGGUAGAAUUAGUAAUGAACUUGGUCAGUGUUGAUAAUCAUAGAAUUAAUUUUGGUGCUAAAGAUAUUUUGAGGAUGUUGAUUGUGUAUAUGAUGGAUGAUUUGGGUUUUCGAAAUAUUUGAGUCCUUAAAUUUGAUAAGAUGUAA